AUGCUCUCGCAGCUGGCUCCCGUCACGUUUGGGGCAUCGCCCAUAAUCGACCCGGCACUGCAUCAAACCUCACCACUACAAACUCGAGGCCUGCCGAAUUUUACGACUGCAUUGCAGACAGAAACCUCUUCCUCACCCUCCUCCCUGCCGCCGCCUGUCUGUGAUUUAUCCCGGCCUUCGUCGACAUCAACGCAGUCGUCGAACACAUAUUUGCCUUCUCAGCAUCCAAUCAGCAGUGGAGACAACAAGGCACUUAAUUUCUCACCCUCUCUUCCUCGCCUCUCUGCACUGGCAUCAGUCGCAUCGGUCCCGACAUCGCAUUUACGGUAUGUUUUGCCUUUGAUACGUGUGAGGAUGCGCAUGAUACAGUGGCAGCGGAUGCUUGGUGUCCUCUUCAUGCCAUUGGGUGCUGGUAAAGGAUCGGGUAGCCGCCAUUCAACGACCCAAGUCCUCCCUCCACACCAAUUAAAGACGCUGCUUCUUCCAAACUAUAUGACACCGCUGCAGCAACCAGAAUGCAAGCCAGACCAUGAGUUACGUGAACUCUUCGCCAGGAGUCACCACUGGGGGCCAAGGGAACACUCCAGUAAGUGCAGUCUCUGGCUCUUUUUCCAUUCGGCCCCUCCAAUUGCCCCUCCAAUUGCCCCUCCAAUUGCCCCAUUCCAGUUGUACCUCCACAUACUCCACAUAUAUCUUGCGGGUCGUUAUCAUCUCCCAGGGUCUCCCGCCCGUUUAGGCUUAGUCUAUCCCGCCUCUCUGUCCUCGCCCCUAUUCCUCCUCCUACAUAGUACUGUCCCUAAUGCGUGUGCCACUUCCGCUAUGGUGACCACUAUGACUGACCAGAAACGUGCGCCAAUCCAGCCAGUGUGCCAAAAUUGCGGCACCUCCACUACGCCUCUCUGGAGGAGAGAUGAAGCGGGAUCGGUGCUGUGCAAUGCCUGUGGGCUCUUCCUCAAACUCCAUGGCCGUCCUCGCCCGAUAAGCUUGAAAACAGAUGUUAUCAAAAGUCGGAAUCGCGUCAAAGCCUCCGGGCAGGGGCCAAAGCGGAAACCAAAUGUGGAUGUCAAUGGCCUAGCUGCGUCAAGAUCCGAAGCCGGUACUCCUCCUUUAGGAUCUCAUGGUCAUCAUCGUGAAUCGCGAAGGGGUUCCCCGGGUCCUUCAGACCGGUCCAAUUCCCCAUUAUCCCGCACCAAUACACCAAACUUCCAACACCAUCUGAACAUCGAACCUCAACACAUGUUCGGCAGCGUCACCCUCUCACACCACACCUUCAACCCGUCCGCGACUGCCCUCCCAUCCCUUCAAAUGCACAAUCCGUCCCCCAGCUCAACCUCCUCCGCAAACGAUCGCCACCUAGAGGCCCCGCAGACCUACGAAGGUCUUCUAGCUGCAAACACCUCUCUAAAAACCCGUAUCAGCGAACUAGAGCUGAUCAACGAACUGUUCCGUGGCCGAGUUGCGGAAUUAGAGCAAAGUGACGCCGCCGCAAGGAGAUCAGAGAUGAUCGUUCGAGAUUCCGAGUCGCGCCUCAACCAAUCACUGGAAGAGGCUCAGCGGCGCGAAGAGAGCCUGAAACGCAGAAUAGGCGAACUCGAACGCGCGUUGAUUAACAGCGAUUUACUACAGAGUGGUACAUCUGCUGGUAUUGAGCCGCAUGCGAAAAAAAUCCGCCUGUCUGAUGUUAUCGGUUAUAGCUCUGAUUCAGCCACCAAGACACCCCCUCAAUCCCUCUAG